ACGGAAUGAAAUAAACAAACAAAAUCGCAUGACUUAAUGCUAAACAAUAGUAAUAAAUUCAAUUCCAACAAAAUCAUAUAAAAUAUUUGAAACAUUGAAUAUGUAUACGUACAUAAAUAUGUAUGUGCAUAUAGCGAUGUUUAUGAAUCUUCGAUAAAAAAAAAAAAAUAAAAACAACAAUCGAAAAUUCAAAAGUCUAAACCAGACCAAAAAUUCCAGCAAAAAAUAAGAAUCAAACAAAAAUUCGUAUAAUCAAAAGAAAAUGUUAAUUUAAACAGAAAAGUAUAUCAUCUCCUCAAAAGUCAUAAAAAAGAUAAUAAAUAUUAACCGACCCGAAAAAAACAACAACAAAUAAUAUUAAGCAAAAAUUAAAAAAAAAGUGGUACCAAAAAUUUGUUUGUGCAAUUACCAUCAGAAUAUUUCAUUUCAAUUCUGAUUGUUGUUAUUAUUGUUGUCCCAAAGUAAACAAUAACAAAGUGUUUGUGUGUUCGGUGUGUGUGUGUGUAUGUGUGUUUUAUAAAUUCAUUUAUUUCUCAUGCAACUAUUUUCACUUGUGGUUUGAGUUUUUAUCAGUCACGGCGUGAAAGUAUAAAAACACACACUCUUAAAAAAUGAAAAAAAAAUCGAAAAACAACUCAAAAACUGCUACUUAAUCAAUAAAAAUCUAUGCUACAAAAACUUCAUCAGGUGCAUUCGACAGCUAGUGGUAAAAAAAAACUCUACGUGCGUUAACUUCGCCCGCGAAUCUUCACAAAAUGAUAUCAAAGUAAACUAAAGGCAUAAGUGAUUGGAUCUCUGCUAAAUUUAACUUUCCAAAGCUCACAAACGAAUAAAAUGGACUCAUUAACACGACGCGAGAAACCACAGACCCUAGAAGGUAUACAGUCAACAAAAUCUCUAAAUGAUACCAAUUGUGGUUCCGAUCCCUCCAUUCUAUGCUCUGAAUCGCUACUGAGCCGAACUCGUUCGCGUUCGCGUAAUAACAUCGUCUCAGAUUCGCGUUCGCCUCGAGAUCAUUCCUCGGAUGGUGUCAUGAGUACCGGUGAGCUAAAUUCUGCCGAAAUGAAUGAAUUCGCCAAUGCCGCUGACAAUGCUCAGCGGCGCGAAAGUCUCAACUAUGAUGACAAUAGUCCAAAUAGUCACAAUUCAUUGGGCAAAUCGAUAAUCGGUCGCUCGGUGCGUCUGCCCUGCAGUAGUGGUACAACAACACGAAAAUGUGUUUUAACUUUAGAUGGCUAUUCCUAUGUAAUUGUCGCCAGCACUCCUGAGAAUCUACCCAAAAGAGAGGAUUCUUCCUCUUGUUCGACUGUAGGUGGUGGUGCGGGUAACAGUAAUAGCUCUGGCAACCUUGGAUGUUCCUCACAGAUUGGCUUUGCUGCCAGUACUCCAUUGGAUUGUAGCUCCAGCACACAAGCAACAUCGGGUGGUGGACCUGGCUCGGGAGGAGGUGGUGGCAUCAGCAACAGCAAUACUCACGACUUUACCAAAAUCACAAGCCCUCCCGGCGUGGAUGGCACGUCGGAAAGUGUGAAUUUCUCAAUUACAAAUAAUAGCGUUGUGUCUUCUCUGAAUGGUCAAGUUGCAAGACACGGCGCCUUAACCAUAGUACGACGUUCGAAUAGCCGCAAAAGUUUCGCCCAACUCGAAUCUCAGCAUUUACACCAGCAGGCGUCCACACCAACUCCUUCGUCGAACAGAGGCUCAUUUCUCGCAGAUGAUACUCUAGGAAAGGCGCCCGCCAACAACAAUACGCCGCAGCAACACGACAAUCUUUUCAACGAAUCGUUGGGCAACAUUGGGCCACAGACCUACUCCUUAGCACAAACACCAACCACCACCCACAGCGCUCAACAACUACAAACGCAUCAACACACGCCCCCACUGCUAAAAAUGUUACCCACAUCACCGAACUCGAGCAAUACAGCACCACUUGUACCAACAGCCACCGAUACUCAGGAUGAGAAUGCGUCCGAAUCGAUUUUAUCCAUGGACGAAAGCGCGUCCGCAGUCGCGUCGGCAAAAGCCAGUGUCGAUUUGGCAACGGAAAAUUUACCAGCUGUCGAUACACCAGAUGCCUGUGAUAAAGCUGCAUUGAGAUUACGUUAUCUCUUGCGCAUGCUUAGUGCAGGCGAAAUAUCUGCCGAUGUUUUGCAAAAGAAUCUCCAUUAUGCAGCUCGAGUCCUCGAGGCUGUCUUCAUCGACGAGUCCAAAGAUGAAGCAAAAAACGAUCGGUGUAAUGGCGACUGUAAGAACAUUGAAUGCCAGCACCACCACCACAACAACAAGCUCCAAGGAUCCAGCAGUGAUAAUAACAACACAGAUCAGAGUCUUUGUUCGCUUAGGACGUCGAAUGAGGAAUCUGGCGGUAAAAUGUCCGCUACAUCUGAGGAGGACUCCCAGCAUCAAAUGAGCAUAGAUAGUCGCACUAAGGGUGUGUGUUCGGCUCCCCAAACUCACAGUGGACCCACUGGUCCGCCGGUAGUGGAAGGCCAUGUUAAAGAUUCUGAAGCCUCAGCGACUGCGGCCAAAGAUAAGGGCGAAAACAAAGAGGCAGCUAAUACCAUCAACACAUCCUCGACAACGCACACCUGCUCAACAACAUCGUCCACCUCCACCACUCAGAAUAACAGUACAGUUAGCAGUAGCAGUAGUAGUAACAAAGACAAAGCAACCAUACAAAGGCAAAAACGUCUGAGAACACCAGUCUGGGCGAGAUCCAUGUCGACAAAUAAAACACGUCUGGCCGAUGAAGAUGAUGAACUAUCGGAAGUACAACCAGAUGCUGUGCCUCCAGAAGUUCGAGAAUGGUUGGCUUCUACAUUUACGCGGCAGUUGGCCACGACGCGCAAGAAGACCGAUGAGAAACCCAAAUUCCGUUCAGUGGCACAUGCCAUACGAGCGGGAAUUUUUGUGGAUCGUAUUUAUCGGCGGGUAUCGAGUACAGCGUUGAUGACAUUUCCAGCGGAAGUUGUCAAAGUGCUGAAGACUUUGGAUGAUUGGUGUUUUGAUGUUUUCGCCCUGGCCGAGGCCGCCAAUGGCCAGCCGGUCAAAUACAUUGGCUACGAUUUGCUCAACCGCUAUGGCAUUAUUCACAAAUUCAAAAUUGCCCCCGCAACUUUAGAGACUUUCUUGAAUCGCAUUGAGGAGGGCUACUGCCGUUAUCGCAAUCCAUAUCACAACAAUUUGCAUGCGGCAGAUGUUACCCAAACAGUUCAUCAUAUGCUGUGCCAAACGGGCCUAAUGAAUUGGCUGACGGAUCUCGAAAUUUACGCCACCCUUUUGGCUGCCCUCAUCCAUGAUUACGAGCACACCGGCACCACGAAUAAUUUCCAUGUGAUGUCCGGCUCGGAAACGGCUUUGCUGUACAACGACCGAGCCGUCUUGGAGAAUCAUCAUAUAAGUGCCGCUUUUCGUCUGCUCAAAGAUGAUGACUGCAAUGUGCUUUCGAAUCUCUCGCGCGAAGAGUAUCGGGAGUUGCGUACCCUCAUCAUUGAUAUGGUGCUGUCGACAGACAUGUCCUUCCAUUUCCAACAACUGAAAAACAUGAAAAAUCUGCUCACCCUGAAUGAGGCUACGGUCGAUAAGUCGAAAGCUUUGGCACUAGUUCUGCAUUGUUGUGACAUCUCGCAUCCUGCCAAACGUUGGAAUCUUCAUCAUCGCUGGACGAUGUUGUUAUUGGAGGAAUUCUUCCGUCAGGGUGAUCUGGAACGGGAGUUGGGCUUGCCCUUCAGUCCAUUGUGUGACCGGAACAACACAUUGGUGGCUGAAUCGCAGAUUGGUUUCAUUGACUUCAUUGUGGAUCCUAGUAUGUCCGUUAUGGCGGAUAUGUUGGAACAUGCUUUAGCCCCCAUAGCACCCAUGUGCAAGAAUGUCAAUGCUAGCAUUGAUGCCGGCGAUGUACCCGUCGAUGGUCCAUCCACCGGCAGUGCCAAUCGAAAUAGUUUGAAGAGUCGUUCUACCUGCGAAGCCAUCACCGAAGACAAUGAGAACAAGCCCUCGGAGGACAGUAGCGCCCCCAGUCAAACAGUGGCCCAAAGUGCUGGUGGUGGCGGUGCUAGCGGUGGAUCCAGUUCAUCGGCGGCAGCAGCUACAGCAUUUAAGCAAAAGUUUACCAUACGCAAACCUUGGGUUGCAUGUCUGACAGACAAUAAGAAAAUAUGGAAAGAACAAGCAAUUAAAGAUGCGGAAGCCAGAGCAGCUGCAGCCGCUUUGGAAGAAGCCGACAAGCAACCUGAGAAUUAAGCAAACAACUCUCCCUAGUGUUAAACUAAACAAAACUACAAAAAACGUCCUUCGUAUGAACUUUAAACACAGAGAAAAAAAAUACACAAAAAAAAUCUAUUUGGAUGAAAAAAAGCUCAAAUAUUAUUAAAGAAAAUAACAACAAAAAGAAAAUGUUAGUAUAAAAACCACAAGAAUUUCUCACAACAACAACUUUCACAGGAAAGGACCUAUCAGAAAUGCAAGCCAUGCGAACAUCAAGUUAUUGAAAGUUACCAUGCAUUCACAAACACACACCCACACACACAGACACAUAAAUAUACCCACAUACAUAAUUGCUUUAAGGAAUUACAACAACUAUUGUAUUGUACUUAAGACGUGAUUGGAUGAAGAAAAGAAAGACAAAAACAAAUCUAAUUUACAACCAGAGAAACAACAAAAAACACCACAUAAAUACGCUUGACUUAAAAAAAAAAAAACAAAAAGAAAAACAAAUUAUCCAUGUAUGUUCUUAUUUCAACAAAAAAUUUGUAAAUAUUAAAAUAAAACACAAAAUCCCACAUAAAUACAAAAGCAUUUUGUAUAUGUAUGUAUGUACAAGCAACAAAAUAACAUUGUAAAAAAAUUAAUAAUGAUAUUAAAGUUAUGCCGAUAUGUGCAGGGGAUGUAUCAAAAAUUUUAAAGUUCAAGUUCGAAACACACACACAAAAAAAUACUUUCCUUUAUUUUCGUUACGAAUCUCUUUUCCGUCGUGCAGGCAAAAUUUCAAGCAAUCACAUAAAAUCCGUACCCCAGUGGACGGAGAUAUUUGGCACUGCAAAGUUCUACUGGUCCAUCCGAUAUUUAUGUCAUCUCUGAAGUCAUGGCAUUGGCCUGCAUAAUUAGGGCUUGCACAAUACCUAAGAAAAAUUCUCCCUUAAACAUACAUUUCUAAAAAAGCCAUAUUAAGCGGUUUGGCUCUUUUUGACCCAUGUCUUUUUAACCAAAUUUCCUUUUGAUUUCCUACAUGAAACUCAUUACCCUUAUUGUAAAAAUAUUGAAAAAAUUUUUGAUACGCCCUAAUAUGCACAUCAACAAUUGGUCCAUGGUUACAUACCUCCAAGUAUGCAUGAAACAGAUGCUGUUGAUGCAGAAUGCAAAUAACCCACAAAGCAUAUUUAUUUUUCGACACACAAGCAUACACUUAUACAGAAUGGUGAUGUUGGCCCUUGGGUGGCUUAAGCUAUAAGCUGCCAUCACAUUUUGUGAACUUCAUAAUUGUCUGUUUUGGAGUCUUUGUUACUUAAGACAUACUUAGGAGAUGUUUUGUUUGGUCAAUUGUGGCAGUAAUUACGCACAGUUCUUCUUUUCUGGGUAUAGGUAGCAAAAACAAAAAUUAAUAAAAAAAAAAUUUUAAGAAGCUAAGCAGAUUACAGCAAAGCUUUGUGAAGCAGUUAGGUGUCAGUUUUCUAAUGAGACAAAAUAUGAAUUUUCGAAGCGUACUUAAUAUUAAACUAAUAAAAAAAAUUUCAUACUAAGGAAAAGAAUUGUUGUUCUCUUUCCAAAGAAACUUUUUUUAAAUACUACCUUUAAUUAGAGUUGUUUCUCUCAAAACAAAUUUAAAUGAAAUUAUAUUUAACGAGAAAAAUUAAAAAAAAGAACCUUUUUUCACCAACAAUAUUUCAAUCAAAUUUUCUCCAAAAAUAAAACUUUAUUUAAAUUUUUUCCAUAAAUAAUAUUAAAACGAAGAAAUUCUAACAAUGCUCCCAAAAGACCAAAUU